CAUUGACUCAUUAAUGUUAAUGUUUUCCGCCUGAGAGCCCUCGUGAGCCUGAGUUUCAUGUUGUGUCUGACCCUGCAGCGGCUCAGCACGUCACUUUGGACUGUCGCGCAGAAAUUCAGAAGACUCGUAGUAGCUUCGGCAGUGCUCUCCCUGCCUUCCGAGCAGCCAUGCAUCUUUGAACUGUCUUCCCUUCCCUGAUCUUGGAGAACAUAGAGCUGCCAGUUACUGAGGAUGGGAGUCCCAGCUUCUGGAGACGGGGUUCCUGGGGAUCUUCUUGUGCCCGCUGUGGACGCUGUCAAGGCUGCCCCAGCACACCCCCACAUCCCGGAUUGUCCUGUGGGGCUUCCGGUGGCUGAUCUUCAGGAUCAUGCUCGGAGCAGGCCUGAUCAAGAUCCGGGGGGACCGGUGCUGGCGAGAUCUCACCUGCAUGGACUUCCACUACGAGGAGAAGUUUGCAGGCUGUUUCCUGAGGUCUGGGCCAGCAGCACCGCCAUGCCCUGACCCACCAUUCCCCUGGCCGUGGGUUGAGUGUCCCGGCUGCACGGGAGCUCCUGGCCUUGCCUGCAGCGUGGACACUGCCACACCCACCUCACAGCUCACAGCCAAGUUUCAGACCCAGCCGGUGCCCAAUCCUGCGGCGUACUACCUGCACCACUCACCCUGGUGGUUCCAUCGCUUCGAGACGCUCAGCAACCACUUCAUCGAGCUCCUGGUGCCCUUCUUCCUCUUCCUCGGCCGGCGGGCGUGCGUCAUCCACGGGGUGCUGCAGAUCCUGUUCCAGGCCGUCCUCAUCAUCAGCGGGAACCUCAGCUUCCUGAACUGGCUGACUAUGGUGCCCAGCCUGGCCUGCUUUGAUGACGCCACCCUGGGAUUCUUGUUUCCCUCUGGGCCGGGCAGCCUGAAGGACCGAGUUCUGCAGAUGCAGAGGGACAUCCGAGGGGCCCGGCCCAAGCCCAGAUUCGGCUCCGUGGUGCGGCGUGCAGCCAACGUCUCGCUGGGCGUCCUGCUGGCCUGGCUCAGCGUGCCCGUGGUCCUCAACUUGCUGAGCUCCAGGCAGGUCAUGAACACCCACUUCAACUCUCUUCACAUCGUCAACACUUACGGGGCCUUCGGAAGCAUCACCAAGGAGCGGGCGGAGGUGAUCCUGCAGGGCACAGCCAGCUCCAACGCCAGCGCCCCCGACGCCGUGUGGGAGGACUACGAGUUCAAGUGCAAGCCAGGUGACCCCAGCAGACGGCCCUGCCUCAUCUCCCCGUACCACUACCGCCUGGACUGGCUGAUGUGGUUCGCGGCCUUCCAGACCUACGAGCACAACGACUGGAUCAUCCACCUGGCUGGCAAGCUCCUAGCCAGUGACGCCGAGGCCUUGUCCCUGCUGGCACACAACCCCUUCGCGGGCAGGCCCCCGCCCAGGUGGGUCCGAGGAGAGCACUACAGGUACAAGUUCAGCCGUCCUGGGGGCAGGCACGCCGCCGAGGGCAAGUGGUGGGUGCGGAAGAGGAUCGGAGCCUACUUCCCUCCGCUCAGCCUGGAGGAGCUGAGGCCCUACUUCAGGGACCGUGGGUGGCCUCUGCCCGGGCCCCUCUAGACGUGCACCAGAAAUAAAGGCGAAGACCCAGCCCCUCGGCGGCUCAGCAACGUCUGCCCUUCCCUGCGCCCAGCCCAAGCUGGGCAUCGCCAAGAGAGACGUGGAGAGGAGAGCGGUGGGACCCAGCCCCCAGCACGGGGGUCCUGGGUGGGAUCUGCUGUCACACACUGUGGCGACUCCCAGGCCCUGCCCACCUGGGGCCCCACAUCCAGGCCAACCCUUGUCCCAGGUGCCAGCCUUCUCAGGGGGCUCUGAUCUCCCAUCCAUCCCACCCUCCUCCCAGAGGCCCAGCCUGGGGCUGUGCCGCCCACAGGAGUUGAGACAAUGGCCAUCCUGACACCUUCUUCCACUACAGCCCUGACCAUAGACCCAGCCAGGUAGCUCUUGGGGUCUCUAGCGUCCCAGGGACUGGUUUCUGUUCCCUCCUCAAUGGUGUGUUCCCAGCCAGGUCCUGACCCUCAGAGCCGAGUCCCUGUCACGUCUGGGGCAGCCGAACCCUCGCCCCACAGGGACCUGGACACGCCCGGCCAGGAUGUGGGGUUGGACGGGCCAUUUUCUGUCCUAUCCCUCAUCUCCACCCCCGCCACAGCCUACACGCAUCCCACACAUGCAGGCACACACAAGGGCACACACAGCCUGUGCACACAUGUGUUCUUGGCCCGGUUUCAUCCCCCCGUGACUGGUGUCUGUGAGGUGCAGAUGGACACACCGCACACCCAGACCCUCCACCAGGCUGUGACCUCGCUGCCUCUGAGGCCUUGACAAGGCCCCUCAAUCGGAGGACAGCCGGCCGUGCACACUUUCAUCAUCGUCGGACAAACAGCAUCUACUGCACAUUUUUCUUAUUCCUAUUCUUAAGCCAUAGCUAUGGCAUAUUCUACUAUUCCUAUUAUACCAUUUACCAGCUUACUCUAAAACACGCUGUUUAAAUGAA